CACACACACACACCCACACAGCAUACAGAAGGCUGGGGGAGCUUAGUCAGCACGUCCCCCGCUCACUCACACGCUCGUGUUUGUGUAUGGAGCUGUGGCAUUCCUAGAGACCAUCUCUAUCUCUCACUCUCCUCUGUCUGUCUCCCCCUUUUUCACCUGUCCUUUACUUUACAUUUGGUUGUGCUCUCUCCCUCCCUAUUUCCCUCAUCCCUUCUCCAUCUCGUUCUCUAGGUUUUCUUCUGUUCUGCCUAUUGCUGGCAGCUGUCUGGGAGAGAUGUUUUGAAGAAGAGAGAUAGAGGACAGGUCAGAUUGCUGUUGACACUGCAGAGGUUUGGACUAGAGGUUUCCCGCAGGGCAAACUGAAAACAAGACAACAACACUGCAGAGGUUUGGACUAGAGGUUUCCCUCAGGGCUAACUGAAGACAAGAGAACAACACUGCAGAGGUUUGGACUAGAGGUUUCCCUCAGGGCUAACUGAAGACAAGAGAACAACACUGCAGAGGUUUGGACUAGAGGUUUCCCUCAGGGCUAACUGAAGACAAGACAACAACACUGCAGGCACCUGACACACAGCUCUUUUUUUAAAUCUCCUUUCUAGAUAUCAAUCGGUUCCUUAAUAAUUUAUAUUGGUCCUCCUUUUUGGUGCUUUUCCACGGGUGCUAUUUUGGCAGCCUCUACGAAGAGAAAAUGAGGUCCAGGUUUUCUCAAGCUGCUCUGCAGCCCUUUAUUCUAGGAGUGUUCCUGUCACUGGUGGACACCAAAGGAACCUUCUAUGGAACAGGCCAUGGGAACCCGUUCUUUGGAGGAAGUCAUGGCAACAGAUACAACCUGUACAAGGCUGGAGUCAACCCACACUACACCCCAGGAAAACCCAUGACCCGCCACAAAAACCACUGUGCGUAUGUGGUCCAGAAGAACAUUACGUGUACGACGCAGGACGGUAUGGCCACUUACGUGACAGCAGAGUACACGACCAAGUGCAUCUGGGGGCAGAAGUGUCCUGUCGUCAUGUACCGGACCUUCUACAAGCCUAAAUACAAGGUGGGUUAUAAAACCAUCACUGAGCUGGAGUGGAGGUGCUGUCCUGGCUACUCUGGAGAGAACUGUUACGAUGGACCCACCUCCCUGCCCGAUAUGAUGCCCCCCUUCAGGGGUGGUGCCCCCCACCGCCCAGGAACGAAGGGAUACCCUCACGGGCAGCCCAGACCCCCCUUGGACCACAAACCUGUCCCUGGGGGGGCUAAUUUGGAGCCUGGGAGGCCCUUCCCAAAUCAGCCUGAUAAUAGACCCAUUCCCACUGGACAACUUCCCACCGGGAACGGCAAACCCAACUAUGGUUAUAAGGUUGGUGUUAGUGGAGAGCGUCUGGACCGUAUGGAGGUGGAUCUGCGUCGCCUAACCCAGGGUCUGGACAUUCUGAACGGGGUGGUGGCUGGCCUGGAGGACCGUCUACGCCUCUCUCUCCGGGAGGAUACCACAAAGAUGCUGGGCUCCCUGCUCUCCAGUGCCCCCCGUCUCUCUGACUCUUCCGUUGGCUUCGGGGUUAUCCCAGAUGGGACCCCAGACGGCCUGAAGGGGGGAGAGGGUUUCCCCGGGUUUGGGGAUCUGGCUGGGAGGGUGACGGAGGUGAAGGAUGAGCUCAGAGCCAAGGGACACAUGCUGGAGGAGAUACAGGGUAUGGUUCUGGGCCAUGACUGGCAGCUGAAGAGGAUGUUGGAGGCUGCGACCGGCAGGCCCAUCCCUGGUUCGGGCUCUCCCUCCAUCAUGGAGCUGCUGGAUGCUAAGCUUGCUGGCGUCCGCGCUGAGAUCCUGGACGGCUUCGAGAGGCGUCUGUCUGGCCUGGAGAACCACUGUGAGGAGAGGAUAGGAGAGGUCCAGAGACAGUGUCAUAAUGAACACAUGAACGGACAGGAACAGAUUCAGCAGUCACUGGACGGCAGAGAGACUGGCCUGAGAGAGGAGCUGGGUACUCUGCAGGCCCAAAUACAGGGACUGACCCUCACUGAGAGCUGCUGCGGACAGGUGAACAGCCUGUCCCAGCGGGUGUUGAUGCUAGAGGAGUCAGUGACGGGGUUAACGGAGUCUCAGCGCCAGCUCCAGGCUGCUCUCACUGACCAGACUAUCCACAUCGAGACCCUGAUAGAGGCCCGUCUGGAGAACAUGGAUGCCCGGCUCAAUGCCACAGAGUCUGGGGAAGUAGGGGUUACCAGGGUGCCUUGGGACCUGGACGGCUUCAAGACCCUGGAGGACAAGCUGAAGACCCUGGAGAACAGGGUGUUUGUGGCCGUGGAAGAGCUGAGAAACGUCACCGCCCCAGCUCUGCUGGAGGGUCAGGUGGUGCCUGCCCUGGAGACAGAGAUCGAGUCAGUCAGGAGGAGGGUGGAGGGAGACCUGGACGGCAUUCAGAAACAGCUCACAGACCUGGAGCUCCUCUGCACCUCGUCCUGCUCCCCCGCAACUACCCCUGAAGGAGGCACGGGGACAGGCCUAGCGGAGGAGGAGUGUGAGGAGGUGGAGAAGAAGGUGUCAGGUCGUCUGGACUCCCAUGCCGACCAGCUAGACCAUCUCAACACCACGCUGCAGACCCUUCUGAAGCGUAUCGCCCAGGAGGAUCAGGAAGGCUCUGUCCAAGGAGAGAUCACCCUCCUCAAAAUCAAUGUCAACUCUGUCAACCGCACCCUGAAGGGUCUGAGGGACUCGGUUAGCUUGUUCACUAAGGGAGUGGGCCAAGCUAAUGCCACAUGGACACACAGGGAGAACCAGCUAGCCACCGAGGUCCAGGGCAUCACCCAGCUGGUGGGGCGCCAGGCCUCCCUCCUAGGGGCCGGGGAGCGCCGAUUAGCCCAGCUGAAGGGGGAACUGGUGGGCCUGAGGAGGAGGCUGGCCGGGGAGCUGCAGGGCUGCUGGAGCACGGCCCUUGGGGUUCAGAGGGAGGUGAAGGAGGUGGAUAGUCGUGUGUCCCAGGUGGAGGGACAGUGUGGCAGCCUGGGGGAGCUGGCGGACCACCUGGAGAGGAUCAGAGCAGAGCUGGAGAGACACUCUGACUCGUACCUGUCACAGGUGAAUGGAACGCUGGCCAGUCACUCUACACAGCUAGCCGAGCUGAAGGGAGAGAUCAAAGACUGUGUCGGGAAGGGCUCAUCCAAUCAUAGGGGAGACCAGUAGCAGCCGAGCUACGGAGAGAGACUUGUGUGUGUCAGUAGUGUGAAGAGGAUACACAUUUUCAUCUGCUUUCCUUCAUCUCCUCUGAUGGGAAAGGUGAGAAGAAAUUCAGAGCAGGAUUCCAUCAUAUUGCUUUGACCUACCCUAACUGUUCAGAUCAGGGAAGGAGAUGAGGAGAAGAGGCUAUUUGAAACUAUUGACAUGCACCCUUGGUUGUAUAGUUGGGCAAUAUUUUCCCUAAAGGGAUAUUUUUGUUGUUGUUUUUCUGAUAAUUUUGUUCUUUUGACAUUUUAUUUAGAUUUUUAACUGACUUUUUAACUUAUAUGAAGAAAUGAUGGUUGCAUUGUUCUACUUUACGUAUUAGAGAUAUGUGUAAAACCAAUAACAAAAACAAAGUGAAUGACUAAUGAGCAGCUAUGGGUUUCUACUGGCAAACACACUCCACUCUGUGUGGACUCUUCCUUUAAAAAUACUGGAGCCUAUGUCAACAUGAAAGGUGCUAUAAUAUUUGUAAACAUUUUGGGUUUUUUAUUGUAAAAAAAGAAAUGUAUUUCUCCUUAAAGUGUUGUGUUUUCUUCUUUGGUCAUUCUGAUGUCUAAGAUGGAAUAGUAUUAUGCGGAAGAGUUUUGAUACUAAGGUGAACUAGUAGCCUGGUCCCAGAUCUGUUUGUGCUUCUCCAUCUCCAUUGCUCAUUGUCAAGCCAAACAAUGAGUGACGGGCAGUUGACAUGAUGGCACAAACCGACUGUCACUCAUACUAGGUCACUGGGCCUACUCAUACAAAACCUCACAUUGCCCAUGCAAGCUAAGGUAACUGAACUAAAUGACUAUCACCCUGUAGAACUCACCUGUGUCAUCAUGAAGUGCUUUGAGAGUCAAGGACCAUACAACCUUCAUCUUAAAUGACACCCUAGACCCCCUACAAUUUGCAUACCACCCCAACAGAUCCAUGUACGAUUAAAUGUCGUAAGCACUGCACACCGCCCUAUCCCACCUGGACAAGAGGAAUACCUGUAUGAGAACGCUGCUCAUUGACUACAGCUCAGUUUUCAACACCAUAGUGCCUUCCAAGCUCGUCACUAAGCUCAUGGCCCUGGGUCUGAAGUCAUCCCUGUACAACUGGGUCCUAGACUUCUAAACUUCUGCCAUACUGAGCCUCAACACAGUGCUUGCUCACCCCCUCCUGUACUCACAUGACGGUCUGGCCGAUCACAACUAACUAAAUCAUCAAGUUUGCUGAUGACACGACAGUGGUAGGCCUGAUGACCAGAACAACAAGACAGCCACCAGGGAGAAGGUUAGAGCCCUGGCGAAGUGUUUCCAGGAAAAUAAUCCCUCCAUCAACGUCAACAAAGCAGAGGAGCUGAUCGUGGACUACAUGAGACAGAAGAGGUAGCACGUCCCCAUCCACAGGCCACAGUCUAGAGGUUAGAAAGCUUCAAGUUCCUUGGCCUGCACAUCAUUGAGAACCUGAAAUGGUUCCACCACACCAGCACUGUGGUAAAGAAGGCGGAACAGCGCCUCUUCAACUUCAGGCGGCUGAAGAAAUGUGUCAUGUCACCGGAGCCACGGUCUGCUAACUCUGAUACUGUCUAACGGAGAAGGUACAGGUACAUCAUAGCCGGGACUGAGAGACUGAGAAACAGCUUCUAUCACCAGGCCAUCAUACUGUUGAACAGCCAUCACUCGCCGGCUACCUGCCCGAUACUCCGCUCUACAUCUUGAGACUAAUGUCCCAUGUGAGACAUUGAACACUGGUAACUUCAUAUACUGUUUAUAUACUGUUGCUUACUCACUGUGUAUGUAUAUACUGUAUUCUCCACAUAGCCCAUCCUAAUAAACCUACUAUUGUACAUACCAUUUUCUUUUCCAAAUGACAUGCUGUCUAUACAAACAUCACGUAUUUAUAUACUGUAACUGCUCACGCUAAUAUACAGUAUCUUUGGAUUAUUAAUUGGACUAGUUCUGACAGUUCUUGAUUUAUUGAUUAUUUGUGUAUUUGUAUUGUGUUUGAGAGACAUUCUACUGCCCUGUUGGAGCUACUAACAUAAGACAUUCUACUGCCCUGUUGGAGCUACUAACAUAAGACAUUCUACUGCCCUGUUGGAGCUACUAACAUAAGACAUUCUACUGCCCUGUUGGAGCUACUAACAUAAGACAUUCUACUGCCCUGUUGGAGCUACUAACAUAAGACAUUCUACUGCCCUGUUGGAGCUACUAACAUAAGACAUUCUACUGCCCUGUUGGAGCUACUAACAUAAGACAUUCUACUGCACUGUUGGAGCUACUAACAUAAGACAUUCUACUGCACUGUUGGAGCUACUAACAUAAGACAUUCUACUGCCCUGUUGGAGCUACUAACAUAAGACAUUCUACUGCACCUGCUGUAACACUUGCAAAUCUACGUAUACAACCAAUAAACUCUGAUUUGAUUUGA